AUUUACAAUCAAUUCUUCAAAAAAAUUUUUUCUAUUGUAUGGUUAGUUCAAAAACUUUUCACUUCGAAAAACUUAAAUUUCAAAAUAAUCCGUAUAAUAUUUAUUAGCUUGACGGUAUAUUCAUAAACGUUUAUGGAGCAGAGAUUUAGCAUACAAUUUCUUGCAGGUGGAAAUAAAUUAUUGCAACAGGAAACCGUUUCAAAUAGUGUAAUUUCGAAACAAAGGAAAAGUUCAUCCCAAUUUAAAAGUGAUUUAUUAGGAGUUUAUAAUUCAAUGUUUAGACCGCCACCACAAAAUGAUUUUGCUCGAGAUGUUGGAGAUUUCUCUAAUGGCUUUACGAACUCAUACUUGGAUUUUACCUCUGUUUCACAUUCAACACCACCAUCUUUUAACCAGUUUACUCGCUCUCAAGAUUUAUUGUUGUCAAACCAGAUUCCAAGUCAUUCUUCGGUCGCAGCAACAGCUUUACAAGUCACACAGACUCCCGCUAUAGCAGGUGAAUGCUGCACGGAAUGUUGUCCCGUUGCUGCGGCACAAGCCGCAACAACAAAUCGAGAAUUGGAACCAAACAACAUUGUUGACGAAGCUGAUUUACAAAAAUUUUCAUCUUUUAGUUUUUCCGAUCCUUCUGUGAAUUAUAGAUCUAGUAUUAGUUCAAAUCUUAUGGACUAUGGAAAUUUUUCACAUAUUCUUGGACAGAAUUCAACAUUUAGGAUGCCGUUUUUUAGACAUACUCAAGAGACGAGAACCCUUACAUCACCACAAUUUCAUAAAAUGAUGCAAGAUCAUAUAAGUGCAGCGUUUUUAUCUGCUGAACAUCAAAAUACAGAUUCUAGUGUUCCGACAACUUCAAUUCAAACAAUUUCAAUCCCAAUUGGUGAAAAUGUUCAGAUGAUGAAUUCAAAUAUUGAGACUUCUUCCGAAUCAAAUUGUGCUACUUCAUCAAUGAUUAGCCACAGUUCUUCUCAAGAUGAAACAUCUGCUCAUAAAAUGACUAUAGUUUUGGAGGGAAAUACGGAAAACUCAUUUCAAUCUGGAUCAAUUUCAGAUAUUGAAGAUAUUGCAACGACUUCUACAUCAGAGUCAACACCAACUAAUAUAGCAGGUACCAAACGAAAAGAAGACGAUGCUAUAGAUGAGACGCGCUGUCUUUGGUCUACUUGCGCUGCAGUUUUUAGAUCUAUCGAUGAGCUUAUACCACAUCUUUCAAAAUUACAUGUAGCUGGUCGUAGUAAAGGCAACUUUUGUCGGUGGGCAUCAUGUUCGAUGGAAAAGGAAGGAAGUGAUGAAUUGAUCAAACAUUUAUGUUUAGAUCAUUUAGAAACGCGAGAGUUUAGGCAUGGAUGCAAGUGGCAAGACUGUCAUUUACGAUUCGAAACUUUUGAAGAGUUGACAGGUCAUGUUAGUGACCUUCAUAUUGGGUCUGGAAGAAGUCAAUAUAUUUGCUAUUGGGAAAAAUGUGAUCGAAAUGGACGUCCAUUUACACAACGUCAAAAAGUUAUGAGACAUAUUCAGACACAUACUGGUGAUAAACCAUAUCAAUGUACUAUCUGUAAAAAACGCUUUUCUGAGGCCAAUAUUAUGACUCAGCAUAUGAGAACCCAUACAGGAGAACGACCCUUCAAAUGCACACAGCCUGACUGUGGCCGAGAAUUUUCUAUUUCUGGAGCAUUGACAAUACAUCUGCGAGUUCACACAGGCGAAAAACCUUUCAAAUGCAAGUUUGAUGGAUGUGUCAAAAGAUUUGCAGAAUCUUCUAAUCUUACUAAACAUAUGAGAGUACAUACGGGCGAACGGCCCUUCAAAUGCCCAAUAACAACAUGCAAUAAAAAAUUUUCGCGGCCUGAUCAAGUGACGCGGCAUCAGAAAACACACAAACAAUAGUUAUGAGGUUGUAUAAAAGUAGAUAUGUGACAUCCUUUUGCAGUACUGGUGUAGCCCAUCUUAUCCGUUUGAAAUGGCAGCUUUUCUGGAAAAAAAGCUUACUUAAAUACUCGACGACACCCUCAAUUGUAUAUAUGUCAAUUAUUAUAUUUAUAGCACGGGACAAGAAAAAUUUAAAUUAAUAUGAAAAUUAAUAAUGUAUUUUUAAUUUCAGUUUUUUAUCAGUUGUAGUCACGUGAUGUAAUUAGAUAUAGAUUAUGAUAUCCGAUUAAAAAAAAAGAAACCUAUUUUAAAAUUUUAUCU